AUGUAUGCGUACACGAGGAGAAAUGCCAUCCCCAUACUGAUUGGGUCAUUGGCUGGAUUGUCGAUAAGCUAUCUAUUCGCGAACAGGAGGGAAGUGCAAAGAUGUUUGAUGUGCACGGUGGAGAGAGCCAUAGCCAAGUGGAAAAUGAGAAAGUGUGGGCGUCACGCAAAAGAUGGCAGAAAGCACCGCAAUAGCGAUGUACAGAGUGGUGGUCGUGAUGAUGGUGGUGAAGGACAAGACAUCCCGGAAGGGUGCCCGGGCAUGGAGAACGAACAAGCAGGGAAGUCGAAAAUCUGCGAAGGGUGCCCCAACCAAAGAAUUUGCAACGAUCCAGAAUUGAAGAAAGAAAAGGAGAAGGAAAAAAAUCAAAUUUUUAAUCAAGUCCAAGAAAAUUUAAAAAAUGUAAAAUAUAAAAUUUUAAUUUUAUCUGGAAAAGGAGGAGUCGGAAAGUCGACGGUAGCAACACAGUUAGCCUUUUCAUUAUCUUACCUAAAUUACGAUGUAGGUCUUCUCGACAUUGAUAUAUGUGGACCGUCCAUCCCAGUCCUAACACAAACCGUGAACUGUGAUGUUAACUAUAGCAUGAAUGGAUGGGUUCCCAUUUAUAAAAAUAAUUUGUCCAUCAUGUCUGUCGGAUAUUUACUGCCAAAUUUUGAUGAUCCAGUUAUUUGGAGGGGUCCAAAAAAAAAUGGAUUAAUUAAACAAUUCCUAUGUGAUGUAUACUGGAAGAGUUUGGACUUUUUAAUUAUAGACACCCCCCCAGGAACAAGUGAUGAACACCUUACCAUCUGCUCAUAUUUAAAAAAUAAUUUAGAUGGAUGCAUAAUAGUUACCACUCCACACAUUUUAUCCAUUUGUGACGUUAAGAAGGAAAUUGAAUUUUGCAAAAAAACCAGCAUACCCAUUUUAGGAAUAGUAGAAAAUAUGUACCAGUCCGUUUUUGUUAACAAUUACACUGUCGAUAAAAUGUGUGUAGACAUGAAUGUAGACUAUGCGGGUAGGAUCACUUUUAAUCAAAAGCUCAUUGAUGCAUGUCAGCAUGGGGUUGGUUGUUGUGAUUUGGAUGCUCACAGUUCAUCCUCCAAAGAAAUUUUUCAAGUGUGCAAAUUUUUCAUCCAGAAAAUUUUAAAUAAUUAUGAACAUGUGCCAAACUCCUAUGAUGAUAACACUCAAGUGGCUCAUUCGAAAAAGGCUGCUUCUUUGAAGGACGGGCAGGAAGAAACUCUACAGCAAAAUGGAAAAUCUGACCAAUCGAACAAUUUGCAAGUGCAAAUGCUUCGUCAGUUAUUAAACCAAAUUAGCCAACUGCUACAGGAGACCCCUCAAUGA